AUGCGUUCUCUCAUCUUCCAGGCGUGGAAUCCGCCGAUUCUUCGUGUACUAGUUACCUCUUGUGGCAGCAAUCCAGCCCGCCCGAACAGUCAGCUUCCUGCUGGAGCGGGACUAUCAAGCAGUAGUGCUCUUGUCGUCGCUGCAGCACUAGCAACGAUGAGGGCGUCCGGACUAAGCAUCGACAGGGUAAGGAAAACAUGCUAA